ACCUACAGUUGGUCCUAAUUUAUGUUUAAAAUCUUCACUCUCUCUCUCUCUCUCCUCCAUCUGUGGUUAGUGAUCUCUUUGAUCAAAUUACCAAUUGAGGAAGCAUUCUCUAACUUUUCUCUGUUCCUUUAUACUUGAUUCCAUGAGCAAUAUUGCAUCUAAUUCUUUCCUUUUCUCUUCUCUCUCUCUUCCCUUCUAGUGGUACAGUAAGAGACCUAGCUUGGCUUAGCUAUUUGCAGCCUUGUUUCUUACCGAGUUAUUACUUUUGACGACUUUUCUGAUCUCAAAACUUCCAGUGAAGAAAACAAAGACAUCACAGCUGUUCUGUUCGUUCAUCAUCGUCAUCUGCAGGAACAAGGAGGUUAAAUUUGAGUUAGUAUUUCUUGUGUUGGAAUCAAGAUUUGCAAACCUGGCAAAUCACUGGUGGACGGGUCAGGUGGGUCUGCAGGGUAUGGAUCACCCGGCAGCCAAUCCACCUAACCUUAACAACAAAGACAACAACCUGGAAAUCUCAAUCAACCACCACCACAACAGCAAAAGAAGUGGCGCCGUCGACGACGAAGAUCGGGACACUAGCGACGAGCCUAGAGAGGGCGCGGUAGAAAUCGGUUCCCGUAGGCCCAGAGGCCGUCCUCCCGGAUCCAAAAACAAGCCAAAACCACCCAUCUUCGUGACCCGUGACAGCCCAAACGCGUUCCGCAGCCACGUCAUAGAGAUAGCAGGAGGAGCUGACGUGGCUGAGAGCAUUGCCCAAUUCGCUAGAAGGCGUCAGAGAGGCGUUUGCGUGCUCAGCGGAAGUGGAACGGUAGCUAACGUCACGCUAAGACAGCCCGCGGCACCAACUUCUGUCGUGGCACUUCACGGUAGGCUCGAAAUUCUCUCGCUAACAGGAACAUUCCUACCCGGACCCUCCCCACCCGGCGCAACCGGACUAACAGUGUACUUAGCCGGCGGGCAAGGGCAAGUGGUUGGAGGUAGUGUUGUAGGGGCAUUAGUGGCGGCUGGACCAGUAAUGAUCAUUGCGGCGACAUUCACAAAUGCCACCUACGAGAGAUUGCCUCUCGAGGAUGAUGAUGAAGAUGGAGGUGAUCGGAUCAAAAGUGGAGGGAGUAAUGGUUCACCGCCGCCGCCAAUGAUGGCAGGUGGCGGUGGACAAUCGAGUGGAUUGCCUGAUCCGUCGUCGUCACAGCUGCCAAUGUUUAAUCUGCCGCCGAAUUUGAUGCCUAAUGGUGGACAGUUAGGGCAUGAUGCGUUUGGUUGGGCACCUCAUGUGAGGCCGCCUUACUAGUGGUGCUGUAUUGCAAGGUAAGAUUGAUUCCAAACAAGGUAGAGAAGAUAUAUAUGUAUAUCAUCUCCAUGGCUUUCUCAUGGUGUUCAGUAGUAGUAUAUUCAAGAUGAUUACGUAUUUUUAAAAAAUCGUCUCAAUUCAUCCUAUUUUAUCAGAUCCGAGAUGUGAUAGGGUUCCGAAGGAUGAAUUGGAUAUGGACAGUGUAUAUUGUUUUUUUCUUUUUUGGGUUUGCUUUUCUAGCUCUGUGUUUGCAAUAAAAAUAUGAAUUCUGUCCUCCUUUUUUAUAA